CAGCUUGUAAAACGUGUUAGUCUUGGUUGGAAAAAACCGAAUGUGUUCGUAAGAAAGCUUAAAUGUGUCAGUUUUUGUAAGGGUAUCGAAUAAUGUAAUAGGAAUAUUUACAAAAAAAAAAGCUGCAAUCGAAGAGCGGAGAACUUUGUUUUAAUCACCAUCGCACAACCAGAAGAAUCGUCAAAAAUAACACAGUGAGCAUGAAAAAGCAAAAUAAUAUAAAAAUUAGUAUUAACCUAUCCAAAAAUGAAUUGUAAAAAGUUUCGAAAAAACACAAUGAAUGAAUAGAUGACAAGGAGCCGUUGCUUUAUAUGUUGAAUAUUAGGGUCAACUCAAUUUAACUUAAUAAAACCACCAGUUAAACAAUGAUGUACGAGAUACAAUGGAAAAUAAUUUAUUUAAAAACAUUAUUUUUGAAGUUUCUGUAGUAUUAAUAACUGGAAUAACUGUUUUAGUAACUUCAUAUCUAGAACCUAUAACUCAAGGUUUUUUCUGUGAUGAUGAAUCAAUUAAAUACCAAUAUAAACCUUCAACAAUCAGCAAUAACACAUUAUGUUUUUUAAAUUUGUUUUUACCCAAUGUCAUGAUAUGGUUUGAAUACUACUGGUGUAAACAUACAUGUAUAAAACAUGUGUACAUACAUACACUUUACUUCUGGUUGGGUUCUGGAUUAUCCCAUAUAACAGUUAAUGUUGGAAAAUAUUGCACAGGGCGUUUAAGACCAUAUUUUGUUGAAGCAUGUAAACCGAAUGUUGAAUGUUUGAUCAAAGAACAAUACAUUAAUAAUUACACGUGUACAAACCCAAAUCUUGCUAUCACUAUAGAAUCAAAAAAAUCAUUUCCAUCUGGACAUGCUUGUUUAGGAUUUUAUUCGGCAGUUUACACAAUUUUGUACAUAAAUAAUAAAUAUAAGAAAAAUGUGCUGAUCGUCACUAUACAAUUUAUAAUAUUCUUAACUGCUUGGUACAUAGGAUUAUCUAGAAUUACUGAUAACAUGCACUUUUCCACUGACGUGUUAGCUGGUUCAAUAAUUGGUACACUAUUUGCUUUAUUAAUGAUGUAUAAUGUGAAGAUGUUAAAAUCUAACGAACAGGAUAGUGUCUCAAACAUAAUAUAAUAAAACUUAUUGUUACAUCAUAAAUAAAUUACAUUCAAAGUAAUAUACACAGAGUCCCAAAAUUACUGGUUUAUUAAAUGUAUUCGGUCGUUAUCUAGUUGAGCUAAUUGGCUUAAAAACCCAUCGUUGGGACGUAUUUCUCUAGCCCUUUUUACUUUUUCUAUUGCUUCUUUUGCUCUCAUACCUUUUUUAAUCAUUAAAUAUGCUAUUGUGAUUGUUGCAGAUCUCGAUAUUCCCAUAAUACAAUGAACCAAAACUUUGCCUAAAGAAAAAAUGGUAUAUUAAUUUAUAAAAUGACGAGCAAAUAAAACUUAAAUGCUCUCGAAGACCAAUAGAGCCAAAAUCGUACUACAUUAAGCCAGUUUGCUAUUUUCUCCUAUUAAGGUUAAACCUAAAAUUAUAAACCUAAAUAUAUAAGUAUAUAAACCUAAAAUUUGGGAAACGGACGACUGGUGUAUUUAUUUAUUUAUUAUUAUAUAAUUAUAAUAACGCCCAAAAUGAGCUAAACUUAUAUGAAACAAAUGAAUGUUUUGGGAAUUACAGAAUUCAUUACACUUUUAAUAUAUGAUUAACUGGAGCUUUAACACUAUAGUUUGUUAAUGAAGUGUAACAUAACAUGGAGUAGUUUAUCAAAUAGCAGAAUAAAACUUUUUUAUAUUUAGACUA